AUGGCGCCUCAAAAACAUGUCGCGGAUGUUCCGCGCAAUAUCCUUCCCCGCCUGACUUGGAACAGCUCUUCCUCGCGUCCAUCCGUUACUAUCACCCAUCAUUCUGCACUUGCAACAAAUCAAAAACGACCACUUCCACGGGCCUGGAGUCCUUCAAAACGACGAUUCCAUUCACUAAGCCCACCUGCCCAGUCCUCCCGGCCCAUCUCCACAUCCACCCGAGAUGCUAUCUCCGAAUACCUCGUUUCCCGAGGAACCUCUAUAAUCACGCCGGCGACACCCACAACCCAGCGCGGCAAUCCGAUCCGACACAAUGGCGUCUAUGUGGCUACCUUUCACCCCGCUCGUCGCGCCUUCCAUGCGACACCAGUUCGGCCCCGCGAUCAUCACUUUGAUACCCUGAAAUUCGUCAAGCGUCUACAGGCAGAAGGCUUCAGCGAAGAGCAGUCCGUAGCAAUGAUGCGGGUACUGAACGAUAUUAUUCAAGAAUCAAUCCAGAAUCUGACCAGGACAAUGGUCCUCCGAGAAGAUUCAACUGAGGCACAGUUAACCCGCUCAUCGCACGAGAAGAUCGCAGCAGACCUCGCUAAACUCAACUCGCGACUCCGGGAUGAGAUUGGACGAACACAAGCGUCCGUCCGGUUAGAUCUGAACCUGGAGAAGGGUCGGAUUCGCGAGGAAGCAAAUAGCCAGGAAAUGCGUAUCAAGGAGACUGAAACGCGAAUUGAGCAGGAGGUUGCUGGAUUAAGGGAACGAGUUGAGGCUGUCAAGUUCUCGACUUUGCAGUGGCUUAUGGGUGUCUGUACCGGUACUGCGGCCCUUAUUCUUGGUGCGUGGCGCUUGUUUAUGUGA